AUGAUUGCUGAAUUCCUUGCUACUAUCAUUGCUAAAUGUUGUGAUACUCAAGAACAACAAAUGCAAUUAGCUUCUGCUGGCGUUAUUCAAGCAUUGAUCAAUUUACUACAUUCUGGUUACAUCAAGGCACAAGAAGCUGCAUUAGAUGCCUUGUCUACUUUGGCAUUAAAUUCGAAUCAACUCACAACUGCUACCAUGAUCGACUUUGUGAAAAGCAAAUGCCCCAAUAUGCGAUUGAUUGCUGCUACAUGUCUUACAAAUCUUUACCGAUCCGACGUGUUCUCUGAACCUUUCACUGAAAUUGUUCUUGUGGUACUUCCUACUUUGGUCAAGUUGAUGAGCGAGGAAACGGGUGAUGUACAAGAACGAACUCCAUUGGUACUGGCGGAUUUGAUCAAGGAUAGUGAAGAUAUGCAAAAGGCGGCUUUUGAUGCUGAUAUCAUACCCAAAUUAUCUGAACUAUUAGCGAGCGUAUCAUGCAAAGGUUCCGAUGAAGAAGAAGAAUUAGGCGUACCUGGUACUGGUAGUAUAGAAAAACGAAAAGAAAAAAUCAAAGAGAAUACCCUGAUUGCUCUUGCAUCAGCCACUUUAUUGAAAGAAGAAUGUCGUGCUCAGGCAAUUGAAUGCAAAAUCCUCCCUUACGUUGUUUCCGCUCUACAAAGCAACUAUCUCAACGUCCGGUUAGCAGCAUGUCAAUGUGCAAGAUCAUUAUCAAGAAGUGUAUCCAAUUUACGAACAAGCCUUGUGGAUGCUGGUGUGGCUCCCCCUUUACUCAAGCUGCUAUACGAUGAAUCCCCUGUUGUGCAGGCUGCUGCUUGUGGUGCCAUCUGUAAUCUAGCUCUUGACUUUUCACCGAUGAAAAAGGCUGUGAUCGAAGCAGGAGGUAUCGAACGAUUUGUAGAAUACUCACGAUCAGACGAUCCAAAGCUUCAACUCAAUGGUAUUUGGGCUAUCAAAAGUCUAUUGUACAAGGCGGAUAUGACAGCUAAGAGAGCGGUGAUGGAUAUAUUGACCUAUGACUCAUUAAUCGAAUUACUACACGAACCGAAACCCGGAGUACAGGAACAAGCAAUGGAAGCGGUACGCAAUUUGAUAUGUGGACAAGCAGAAGAUGUGGAAUAUGUCAUUGAUGGUAUCGGCAAAGAAGAUUUAUUGGACGUUUUGGAAAGUAAGCUUCAAGUGACUUCCAAUAUGGGUCUUGAGGAUGAUGAAGGUGAAGCAAGUCAAGAGGUAAGAAAUCAUAUUAUUAUUAUUUUUUUUUUUUUUAAAAAAAAGAAACCAUCUGAUCAACUUUUUUUUUUUUUUUUUUUUUUUAUGUAG